CUUCAAGCUCGGCGGGCAGGCGCAUUUCAUUGACGAGGGUACUCCGUACUACUGUUCACACUUCGCCCUACAUCUACCCAAUAUCUCACAUUUCAACCCUUCACCUUACUUGUCUCCGUGGUCUCUGUGUUGUGUUUCUCGGUAUAUCCUUCGACUUCCCAAAAUGUCUGCCCAGAACUCCGCAGGCAUUCAGACGCUGCUUGAUGCAGAGAAAGAGGCCCAGAAGAUAGUACAGAAAGCCAGAGAAUACCGGACAAAACGAGUAAAAGACGCCAAAACAGAAGCACAGAAAGAGAUUGAGGAAUACCGGAAAAAGAAAGAAGAGGAGUUCAAGAAGUUCGAGUCCGAGCAAUCGAGCGGAAAUAAGAAGGCCGAAGACGAUGCAAACAAGGAGGCAGAAGCCAAAGUCAAGGAGAUUCAAGAGGCCGGCAAGAAAUCAGGGAAGAAGGUGGUUGAAGAUUUGAUCAAGGCUGUCACAAGUCCUCACCCCGAGGUCCCCGUGAAGAUUUCGAGAGAGAAUUGAGGUGGCAUGCAACGGUCAUCGACUGGCGAACGGUGUGAUGGCGGUUUUGGGUUUAUUCAAAGAGGUCAAGGCGGGUGUAUCUCGCCACAAUGGGCGGCAAGAGGCACAACUACGGAGGAUCACUAUAUGAAGCCUGGUCAGAAAGCAGAGGCUAUGUCUAAAACGGGCUCAGAAACUGAGGCUAGGUUCUUAGAUGCAAAGAUGGACCUCAUUGUCUCGAGGAGUGUCUGGACUACAUGUCCAGCCUCGUCACUUGCACGAGGCUGAGGCUGUUCCAACUUAUGACGCAAGAUCCAAAUAAAUAAUUUCCAACGUUG